AGCUAAGCACUGUGAGGCCAGCCUCAGAGAGACCCGCUGCUCUCUCUAGGAAAUGCCCCAUUAGGGUGGUGCCUCUGAAACACUCGGGGGUCCUGUCACUGAGCGGUUUUCCCAGAGGGUUUCGGCAGCAUAUAGCCCUGGCUGAACAGCACACAUCAUGCUCGGAUUUUUCCUGUUGCCUGGUUAGUGACCCCCUACAGGAAGAUAACAGACACGCCGGGAGGGCGGAGCAGCUUGCUACACAGGUCUGGCUGCUCUUAUCAACUUAUCAUAGAAGGAAAGGAAAGUGAUUGAUUCGGAUCCUGACACCGCAGAAUCUGGGGGAAGAGAAACAAAGCAGCAUGAAGGCUGAUCUGUAGAGUGACUACAGCCCUCAGGAGUGAGCAGGGUUAUUCGUGCGGCUGCCAUCUGACAGUUCCCUGCAGCACGGACCCACCAGAGGGAAGACAGCACUCACGAUCAAGUUCCUGCUGGAAAAGGAGGGAAGAGGCUCCCACAGAUGGUCCUGAAACCGUGGCCGCAGAGCCCCGCAUCUGAGAGGGCAGCUUAGGACCGGGAUUCCCAUGUGCCUUCGAGUUUGCUAAGCUGCUGGUUUAUUACCAAAAGAAAGGAAGAAUGUGGCAGAUUGUUUUCUUUACUUUGGGCUGUGAUCUUGUCCUAGCCGCAGCCUAUAACAACUUUCGGAGAAGCAUGGACGGCAUCGGGAGGAGGCAGUAUCAGGUUCAGCACGGAGCCUGCAGCUACACCUUCCUCCUGCCGGAGACAGACAGCUGUCGCUCUUCCAGCUCCUACGUGCCCAACGCUGUGCAGAGGGACGCGCCGCUCGAUUACGAUGACUCGGUACAGAGGCUGCAAGUGCUGGAGAACAUCAUGGAAAACAAUACUCAGUGGCUGAUGAAGCUUGAGAAUUACAUCCAGGACAACAUGAAGAGAGAAAUGGUAGAGAUGCAACAGAAUGCAGUACAGAACCAGACCGCUGUGAUGAUAGAAAUAGGAACAAACCUCCUCAAUCAAACAGCAGCGCAAACCCGGAAGCUAACAGACGUUGAAGCACAAGUAUUAAAUCAGACAACAAGACUUGAACUUCAGCUUCUGGAACAUUCCCUUUCCACCAACAAAUUGGAAAAACAGAUUUUGGAUCAGACCAGUGAAAUAAACAAAUUGCAAGAUAAGAACAGUUUCUUAGAAAAGAAAGUACUAGACAUGGAAGACAAGCAUAUAGUUCAACUACGAUCAAUAAAAGAAGAGAAAGAUCAGCUCCAGGUAUUAGUAUCCAAGCAAAAUUCCAUCAUUGAAGAACUAGAAAAACAACUGGUGACCGCCACAGUGAAUAAUUCAGUUCUCCAGAAGCAGCAACACGAUCUGAUGGAGACAGUUCAUAAUUUAUUGACUAUGAUAUCAACGUCAAACUCAGCCAAGAACUCCUUCGAUGUUAAGGAAGAGCAAGUCAUUUUCAGAGACUGUGCAGAAGUGUUCAAGUCAGGACUGACAGCCAACGGCAUCUACACACUCACAUUCCCUAAUUCCACAGAGGAGGUCAAGGCCUACUGCGACAUGGAAACCUCUGGAGGCGGGUGGACGGUCAUUCAGCGGCGUGAAGAUGGCAGUGUUGAUUUUCAGAAGACUUGGAAAGAAUAUAAAGUGGGAUUUGGGAACCCUUCUGGUGAACACUGGCUGGGAAAUGAGUUCGUUUUCCAAGUCACCAACCAACAGCCCUACGUGCUUAAAAUACACCUUCAAGACUGGGAGGGCAACGAGGCGCACUCACUGUAUGAACAUUUCUAUCUCUCCGGUGAAGAGCUUAAUUACAGGAUUCACCUUAAAGGACUUACAGGGACGGCCGGCAAAAUAAGCAGCAUAAGCCAACCAGGAAAUGAUUUUAGCACAAAGGAUGCAGACAACGACAAAUGUAUUUGCAAAUGUUCACAAAUGCUCACAGGAGGCUGGUGGUUUGAUGCAUGCGGUCCCUCCAACCUGAACGGAAUGUACUACCCACAGAAGCAGAACACAAAUAAGUUCAACGGUAUUAAGUGGUACUACUGGAAAGGCUCCGGCUACUCGCUCAAGGCCACGACCAUGAUGAUCCGCCCCGCAGGUUUCUAGACGCCUGCACCCACCUGAGGAGCGGCGGCCGAUUGUGCGACUUUCAGAGACCGAAGCCCAAAGCUCUAACAGACAAGGCUGCGUUCGGGGUCCCCGUCCACCUCAGGCCGCGCGCGCUCGGGGCCGCAGGGGUCCCGCAGGGGUCCACGCGCUCCCGCUCUGAGCCCCGCCAGCCUCCUCGCUCGACCCCGCAUCACCCGUGCGCCAGCCACAGCCCUGGCAGCGUGACCCGGGAAAACGCCCCCGUGAAGAUCCAUCGAAGCCUGCGAAUUCAAGACUGACGAUUUACAGACUCUGUUGUCACAACCAAGAAUGUUGUGCGGAGUUCAUCCGUAAAUAACUGGAAAACAGAACACUUGGGCUAUACAGCAGAGAUAACCUUGGAGCUGCAUUUUUCUCAGCCCUGUUUAUAGAUUGUGUAAAUAUCCAUACGUCCUGAAAUCAGCGUCACUCUCGGAAUUGAAAGGAAGAAAGAAAAUCUCUAAGCCAUAAAAAUAUAUUGUAUAUUCAGGGAUUUUUCUGGGAAGUGCUUAUUCGCAGUUUAAUAUUUGGAGAAGGGAAAAACAUAGUUAAUGCAUUUUUUGCUCCUCCUCUUAGGUGCUUUAAACUUUCAUUUUGAAGUCAGCAUAUUUACGAAUGUGUUGACAGCGUAGUUUUAAGUUAAUGCUCAAAUAUGUAUUUCAAGUUUAAAUGGUGAAAGCUUCCAGGAUCUCUGAAGUUAAUAGAAAUGUGUGUUCUUCCAGUUUAUAUGAAGAUUGUACUAUUUUUUUUUCCUGCCUGGCUGUUAAAUAUGAAGGUAUUUUUAGUAAUUAAAUAUAAAUUAUUAGAUAAUUACAUUUAA